UCCUACCAUAUGCCUUAGUCUACAUUCUCAGCCUAAUUUAAAAAAUCUUCACUAAACAAUACAAAAAUGUGUUGGAGUUUCUAUGGCACAAUCUUAUUUUUAGCUUGUUGCAUUUCCCUCGGAUCCAAAAAGGAUAGGCCUACAAUAAUAUUAACAUGUACGUGUCUCAUACAUAAAACCUAAGAAUGUAGAGGUUUACUGACCUUCCUCACUGUAUUUUAGGCCCAGAACCGCACCCAUACUGUGUUAAGUGACAUGUGUAGAACCAAUCGUUCUUCUCGACGCGAGCCGCAUUACACCAAUCACCAAAGGUGGGCGGGACUUUUAAUGCUGCUCUUCAACAUGGCGGAUAUGUCGCCUACGAGUUGAAUUUAAAGCACAUUUUACUUACUUAAGUUAGAGACAAAAACAGUAGUAAGAUUAGAAUAUAUCGUUUUCAAGGCGGUAACUGCAGUCUAAAAAUGAAAGGCAAGGAGCGGUCGCCCGUUAAAAAGCGCUCGCGGAUUCUGGACGAUAUUCGAGACCGGGGAGGAAGCCACCCAACAAGUAAGAAAAUGGGAACACUCUCGGCGGCAGGCAGCAACGGGAAUAGUUCUGUCAAAAGUGGUGGUUCGGUAAAACGGAGUUUACCGUCUGAAAAGAGAGACUGUCGAGAUUUAGACGGACAUGUGUCAAAUCGAACUGGGAGUAGCCAUGGAUAUGCUAAUACAACUGGUUCGAGUAGCAAGCUACACAUUAGCAUUGCUCUGGACCCCACGACAAGGACCAAUUCUCGCGGGGAACCGCGGCCUCUUCCGAGUAGCGAAAGUGAGUACAAGACUCUAAAAAUUAGCGAGCUGGGCUCUCAGUUGAGCGACGAAGACAUUGAAGAUGGAUUAUUUCACGAAUUUAAGAAAUUUGGGGACGUGAGUGUCAAAAUAAGCCGAGUUAACGACGAAAGGGUGGCAUUUGUGAAUUUCAGAAGGCCCGACGAUGCUAAGGCGGCCAAGCACGCACGCGGCAAGUUGGUACUCUAUGACCGCCCUCUAAAAAUUGACGCGGUGUACAUGAACCGGAGGAGGAGCCGAUCCCCCAUCGAAAAAGAUCCAUAUGCAGGAGUUGCAGGACACAGACAUUUGCAUGUCCAAAGACCCCUUUCACCAACGGGGCUAGGAUAUAGAGAUUUCCGACUGCAGCAGCUAGCUUUGGGCCGCCUCCCCCCUCCCUCUUCCCUCCCUAGAGAACUGGAAAGAGAGAGGGAAUUUUCUAUCUAUGAAGCCAGGGCCCGGCCACCCUUCAUCCCUGACUGUGCAGCUUUCUGUGAGGAGGACCUCCUCUCCCCUGAAGAUGAUCAGCGGGCCAACAGGACGUUGUUUCUUGGGAACCUCGAUGUCUCAGUGACAGAGAAUGACUUGAGGAGGGUGUUUGACAGGUUUGGGUUGAUCACAGAGGUGGACAUCAAGCGGACAUCUGCUCGCGGACAGAACAGCACCUAUGGAUUCCUAAAGUUCGAGAACCUGGACAUGGCUCACCGUGCUAAGAUCACCAUGUCAGGAAAAGUGGUGUGUCACAACCCUAUUAAAAUUGGCUAUGGCAAAGCGACACCCACAACUAGGCUGUGGGUGGGGGGUCUUGGACCCUGGGUCCCCCUUGCUGCUCUGGCUAGGGAGUUUGACCGCUUCGGCACCAUCAGGACUAUAGACUACAGGAAGGGGGACACGUGGGCCUACAUCCAGUAUGAGAGCCUGGAUGCUGCCCAGGCCGCCUGCUCCCACAUGCGUGGCUUUCCUCUGGGUGGUCCUGAGAGGAGGCUUAGGGUGGACUUUGCUGACACAGAGCUCCGCUACCAGCAACAGUACCUGCAGCCUCUCCCUCUGCCGCCUCACUUUGACCUAGUGGCAGACUCAUUUGUCCACCGGCCCACCCUCGAGGCCAUCAGAAUCAGAGAGAGGAGCCCUCCACCCCCACUCCGCUUCAGGGAAAGGGAACUGUACAACACAGACUGGGCUGGCCCAGCAGUCUGCGAGAGGGUGCGAGGGGCAGCUUUUGAACCCAUGGAGCACCUGGAGAGGCGUUCACGUGAACCCUGGUCUCUGGAACGGGAGCUGCAGAGCCGAGACCAGGCCCGAAAACGUCGCCUCUUAGAGGAUGGGCGUCGCCCGGACCGCUCACCAAACAGCAGUGAACAUGGGCGUCGUCGUCACGGCGCCUCUCUGGAGCACAGCCCUGGCGGCAGCAGCCGGGACGGGGGGCGCUACAGCCCCCCGCGCUCCGAUAGACCCUCUCCCGUCAGAGAGCAGCGGGCCAGCCUAGGCCGUGGCCCUGGGGACAAGCGGCUGCGGACAGACAGCCCAGCCUUACCAGAACGGGACCGCAAACGCAAAGCCAGUGACUCAUGCACAAGCCCUGUAAAGAGGGAGGACCGCUCUGAUCACCCCUCCUCUUCCAUGUCCAGCCUGCAGUCUAAGCAGGGGGCCGGGGGGCAGAAGCUGUGUCAGGCCUGGCAUGGCGUGCUCCUGCUGAAGAACAGCAGCUUCCCCACCUCCAUGCACCUGCUAGAGGGGGACUUAGCUGUGGCAGCCAGACUACUGGUGGAGAGCUCCACUGGUGGUCAGGUGUCCCAGCUAAAGAUCACCCAGCGCCUGCGUCUGGACCAGCCCAAGCUGGAUGAGGUGUCCCGUCGCAUCAAGACUGCAGGCCCCAGCGGCUAUUCUGUCCUCUUGGCUGUGCCUGGGAGCUGUGAGGAGGGGCCCCAGGAUGUGGGAAGCUCCACCGAGAGGCCUCUAAAGAACCUGGUCUCCUACCUGAAGCAGAAGCAAGCAGCCGGCGUCAUCAGUCUGCCUGUGGGUGGCACCCGUGACAAGGACGGCGCAGGAGUUCUUCACGCUUUCCCGCCCUGUGAUUUUUCCCAGCAGUUCAUGGAUGCCUCAGCGAAAGCCCUUGCCAAAACCGAAGAGGACUACCUGGUGAUGGUCAUUGUCCGAGGAGCCUCAUAAAAUGAGAAUCAUUCAUGUGUGAUGCAUUGGUAGCACAUUCACACCCACAAUGUGUUACGGGAUUUAGCUGUCAUUGAAACGGAACAGGGUGGGGUUGAUAGCUUUCUGUCUUGCUACAAGUAGAACUUCUUGGCAGAACACAAUGCUAUACUAAGAGUAAUUUGUUAAUCAAAAAUAACAAGCCUUUCAGAUAUUUUAAGUUGUCAACUCAGCAUAGCAUGCAUUAGCAUGUAGCCUGCAUUACAUUCUAUUGGUGGUCUACUUUUAAUGUGAACAAUUUAAAUCACAAGAAGUGGAUACAUUUAAUUGAAAUUGGUUAAGUCAAAGUAGACUCACCUUUCUCUAUUUGCGCAACUAAUCUGUAAAUCAUUCAUCUGUAGAGUAAUUUAUGCAUUUUUGUGAAUCACAACUACAUUGGUUAUUGCCUUUUUAUUUGGAAAAAAUCUGACAUCCAUUGUAUUUGCAAACAAUCAUUUAUCUGGUGUCAAGUCUUGUUUGCUAUUCAUUGAAGUAGAACAUAAAAGCAUGUAAAGAUUAAUCUGAGACCUGAAAAAAAAUCUGAACUACACUUAGUUAUCUCCUCAUUUGAAUUUCUUACACUUAGUCAGACUGGUAAUAGAUAAGCCAUGCCAUAUUUUAAGAGCCCUGUGAAGGUGUGUAGUUGUAAGACGAUACAGUUUUCCAUUGCAUUAUCAAUAAUUUAUUAGUAAAAUUGGUAUCUGCUUUUGUUGAUCAAUAAGAAUAUACCAGUCUCUAUCAAGCAGCCAAUGUAAAAUGUUUUGAAAUUCAGUUAUUUACAUAAAACUCUACCUGGAAUAUUUUCAAAUCAAACAUUGCUGUUUGAUAAGGUCUUACUUAUUUGAUCCAUAGUUGGGACGAUUUUUGUUAUUUCUAAUCGCCAAAGUGCUUACAUUUUCACCUACUGUAUCACCACCGACUGUUGUCAGUGUAUCUUUGCUUGGCACCAAUAGCACUCACAGUUAAGUUUCAAUUUUGGAAACAAUAUUUUGUGUGAUACAUUAUAAGAGAAUCUAGGAUAUCAGAGUUUGUUUUACAAGUGUUGCAUUGCCCUGUUGACUAUAUAGACUAAUAGUAAAAAAAACACAAAAAACAAGGCUCAUAAGUUUCUUUUGAGUGGUCUAAUUUAAAAGUGCCUAUUAGAUAGGCAAUAUCCAAAUAUUGACUCUAUUAGCGUAAAUCCAGAAUGGUUUUGAUUGUCAACAGGUCUAUGAUCCUUGGGUUCAUUCAAUAGAGAUGAUGCCACACAAAUUCCAUAGAGGGUAUUAUUUUUUUGACUAAAUAAGAACUACCACUAUUUUCCUGUGCCACUGAGGUCCUUGAGGUCAGGACGUUAUCCUGUUUUUUAUAUUAUGAGUAAUGUUAUUUCCAACAAUCAUCCCCACAGUUAAAUGUUUGAGUUAAGUUAGUAUUUUACUAUACAUAGUAAAGAGGGAAAUAAAGCUUCUAAACCAAAUGACCAUGGCCCCUCAUGGCAGUAAUAUGUGUCUCUUGAUGACUUCCCCUUUUGGUUCUGAGAGAACUAACUGUCUGGAAACCAUUAAGAGACUGCCUAGCCUUCCAGAAAGCUAGGUGGAGCCAUUUCACAUAGUCUUUUCAGUUCCACAAAUGUGCAUCAACAAGGUGAGAAGGAAAGUAGUUUAUCUAAAUGGAAUUUCUCCAAUGAGUUCAAUCAGUUAUGUCAAAUGUAUGACUCACUUUUGAAACAGGAUACCUUUCUUUUUGCUCUCAAGGACCAAGAGUAUGUAUGUCCCUAAAACAUAUAUAUAUUUUAACAAUUGGUUUAGUUCAACAGUGUACUUAAAUUCUGUUUAGGGUUAAACUAAGAAUAAGUUUUGUUGACUGGCAUUAAGCACAUGUAUCAAUCUCUCCAAAUACUACAGUGGAAGUUAAUUUACAUAAUUGUUCAUUUUCAAUUUGGCCUUUACAUUAAUUGCCGCCUUUAUACAUGGGGAACUCACCAGUAGUGUUGUUAAUGCCAUAGCCUUCUGCUUCUACUUAGAAUUCAAAGUGUAUUGGCAUUUUUACAUAUAAAACAAAAAGACAUUUUAUUUAAAAAUGUAUUUUAAGUGAAAUUUCUUGUAUAAAAUUAUUACUGUAUGUAUGUUAUGGACACUUCAGAUCUGAGCAAGGAAUACCAGAGUGGAUAACACCACCAUACCACCGUUGGACACUGGAAAACACCAUACGCAAAAAUACUCCAGAAUGCACAGGGGCAAGGGUCCUUUGCACAGUGGCCCUUUGUGCAUUUCCUCAGAAUUUACUGCUCGUUGUGUUAAUGCUUUGUGAUGCCAUUUCCCGUGUUUUAAAUGGAAAAUAUGCUGUGUGCUGUGUCCACCUGAUUUUUGGAGAAAAAAUGGAAACCGCAAUUGCACAUGCGCCUAAGACAUAGUUGUCAAAAAACACAAAGUGCAGCUUGCACUUCAUAGAUUUUGUUUCGGUAUCAAUAAAUGUUCUCUUUCGUGGGAAAACAAA